CCCAAACCAAACGGCUGCACCCCUUUGCUGCGCAGGCCACACCGCCGCAGCAAUGUCCUCCCCCUCCUCCUCCGACGGCGAGCGCCCGCCGUCUCCGGUGGAAGCGCGCCGCAUCGUCGUCACCCACCGCCUCCCCCUCCGCGCCGAGCCCAAUCCCGACGCGCCGCACGGCUUCGAUUUCUCCCUCGACACCGACGCGCUCCCGCUCCAGCUCUCCCGCGGCCUCCCCCGCCCCGUGGUCUUCGUCGGCGCUCUCCCCUCCGCCGCCGUGUCGAUCCCGGCGUCCGAGGAGCUCGCGGCCGAUCUCCUCGAGCGCUUCUCCUGCAGCCCGGUGUUCCUGGGUACCGGCCUCCACAAGGACUUCUACGACGGAUUCUGCAAGCACUACCUGUGGCCGAUGCUCCACUACCUCCUCCCGCUCGGGCCCUUCAGCGGCGGCGGCGGCGGCGGCCUCAACUUCAAGGCGGAGCUCUACCGCGCCUACCUCACUGCCAACACGCAGUACGCCGACCGCGUCUACGAGCUCCUCAACCCCGACGAGGAUCUCGUCUUCAUCCACGACUACCAUCUCUGGGCGCUCCCCACCAUCCUCCGCCACAAGUCGCCGCGCGCCCGGAUAGGCUUCUUCCUCCACUCGCCCUUCCCCUCCUCGGAGCUCUUCCGCGCCAUCCCCGUCCGCGAGGAGCUCCUCCGCGCCCUCCUCAACGCCGACCUCGUGGGCUUCCACACCUACGACUACGCCCGCCACUUCCUCUCCGCCUGCUGCAGGCUGCUCGGCGUCAACAGCCACACCCGCCACGGCUACAUCGGCAUCGACUACUUCGGGCGCGUGGUUGUCGUGAAGAUCCUCUCCGUUGGCGUCGACAUGAGCCAGCUCCGAGGGGUGUUGUCGUCGCCGGAGACAGCCGCAAAGGCCAAGGAGAUCGCCAAGAAGUUCGCGGGCCGUAAGGUGUUGCUCGGCGUGGACGAUAUUGAUAUGUUCAAGGGGAUCGACCUCAAGCUCUCGGCCAUGGAGAAACUGCUGGAGUCGCAGAAGGAGCUGCGCGGCCAGGUGGUGCUCGUGCAGAUCAACAACCCGGCGAGGAGCCCUGGGCGCGACAUCGACACAGUUCGCGCGGAGGUGAAGGCGAUGCGGGACCGGAUCAAUGGCCGCUUCAGCUUGCUGGGGUAUGACCCGAUCGUGAUGAUCGAUGACCCCUUGACGAUGCACGAGAAGCUGGCGUUCUACUCCUCGGCGGACAUCUGCAUCGUCACCGCCGUGCGCGACGGCCUCAACAGGAUACCGUACAUCUACACCGCGUGCCGUCAGGAGGGUCCGCUCGCCAGCGGCGCGCCGGGCGCACCGAGGGAGAGCGCCAUCGUCCUGUCCGAGUUCGUCGGGUGCUCGCCGUCCCUGAGCGGCGCGGUUCGCGUCAACCCGUGGAACGUGGACGACGUGGCCGACGGGAUGAACUCGGCGCUGAUGCUGGAUGAGCGCGACCGGCAGAUGCGGCAAGAGAAGCACUACAAGUAUGUGAUCACGCACGAUAUUGCCUACUGGGGGCAGUCGCUCGACCAGGACCUGCAGAGGGCGAGCGAGCACCACGCGUCGAUGAACAUUUUGAGCGUUGGGCUCGCCAUGAACUUCCGCAUCGUCGUGCUUGGGCCCAACUUCCAGAAGCUCUCGCCUGGGGACAUCAAUCCAUCUUACCACCGGACCGGCAACAGGCUCAUCUUACUGGACUAUGAUGGCACUGUGAUGCCGGAGGGGUUGAUCACCAGAUAUCCUAGCCAGGAAUUGAUUCGCGUUCUGAACGAAUUGUGCUCAGAUCCAAAGAAUACAGUCUUCGUAGUCAGCGGGCGGGGGAAGGAUGAACUGGCUGGAUGGCUGGCGCCCUGUGAAAGACUGGGAAUCUCUGCAGAGCACGGCUACUUCACAAGGUGGAGCAGGGAUUCUCCAUGGGAGUCACCCAACUUGGUGAUAGGCUUGGAUUGGAAAAACCUUGUUGAGCCUGUAAUGAAGCAUUACACUGAUGUAACCGACGGGUCAUACAUUGAGGCUAAAGAAACAGCACUAGUCUGGCACUACGAGGAAGCCGAUCCGGAUUUCGGAUCAUGUCAGGCUAAAGACCUCCAGGACCACCUGCUCAGUGUGCUCGCCAAGGAGCCUGUGUGUGUGAAAAGCGGCCAUAAGAUUGUGGAGGUUAAUCCUCAGGAUGUGGGCAAAGGAAUCGCAGUGCGGAAUCUGAUUGCAACCAUGGGCGCUCGCGGGAGCUUGCCAGAUUUCAUCCUAUGUGUCGGCGACGACAGGUCUGACGAAGACAUGUUUGCGGCAAUCUCCAAGCCCUCGAGCAACUUUGCAUUCCCGGAGUCUGCUGAGAUCUUUGCUUGCACCCUCGGCAACAAGCCAAGCCUGGCCAAGUACUACCUGGAAGACUCCGACGAUGUCCUGAAGAUGCUAAAGGGCCUGAUGGACUCGUCGCGUCCCGGAGGAGCGUUGCAAACUCAGGUGUUCGAGGACCCCUUCGAGUGAGCCAAGAGUGGCCCGGGUCCCGGUAGAGCAAUUUUGUUCGUGAUUCCAUUUUGUAACCAGGGGGGAGGAAAUGGUUGGGGCAGAGGCAAAACCCAGUAGACUGACAAGUGACCGAUCCAUCGGUCGUUAGCGUAGAUGACAUCGUCUUUCUUGGUCAUGUUUGGCUGGCUAUAGUAGUUUUUGUAGAGUCGGCGGAAGUUUUCCUAUUUUUGCUCCUAGAUCGCAAGGAAAACGAAGUAAAAGGAAAUCAAUCAAUCAUGGUUCGUUGAUCUG